UUGCAAUUCAGUGGAAACCCUAACUCCAGAAUCCAAAUGUUGAUGGGUUUGUCGAUUUAAAACUGUUUCCUCUUCCCCAAAUCAACCGAGAAGACAUGAAUUCUCUAAAAUCUUUGAGCUACAGUAGCAUCAGAGAAGCUCUAUCUCAAACAAAGUUAUCAUCUUUAUCUCCUCUCUACUCUUAUAACCAAAGGAGAUGGCUAAAGCCCGUAGAUUCAGCGCAAACCAGGUUAGAGUCCCGAACACGAGACAACCGUUUAGACAAACUCAUUGUCCAGACCAGGAAGCUAAACAUCAUCCUCGAGAUAACCAAACUCAUGUGUAACAAAAAGCGUGGUCCUUUCGUCUCUCUCCAGCUCAUGUCUCGCUGGAAGAAUCUCGUUGGUUUGAAUGUAAGCAUUGGAGCUUUCGUGGGUAAGUAUCCUCACGCCUUUGAGAUUUUCAGACAUCCUUGUCGGAGGAAUUUGUGUUGUCGGGUUAGUGAGAAACUGAGGGAUUUGAUUGAGGAAGAAGAGAGUGUUGUUAGAGAGUGUGAGGUUGAUGCUGUAAGAAGGGUAAAGAAGUUGUUGUUGAUGUCUAGAAAAGGUUGUCUGAAUGUUCAUGCUUUGAGGUUGAUGAGAAAAGAAUUAGGUUUGCCUGAGGAUUUUCGAGAUUCUGUUUUGGCUAAGUAUACUUCAGAGUUCAGGUUAAUUGAUUUGGAGACUUUGGAGCUAGUUGAUGGUAAUGGUAAUGAUGAUGAGAGUUUGUGUGUGGCUAAAGUUGAGGAGUGGAGAGAAGUUGAGUACAGAGAGAAAUGGUUGAGUGAGUUUGAGACGAACUACGCGUUUCCUAUUAAUCUUCCUACAGGUUUCAAGAUUGAGAAAGGGUUCAGAGAAGGGUUAAGGAGCUGGCAGAGAGUUCCUUAUGUGAAGCCUUACGAGAGAAAGGAGAUUUCAAGAAGUGUAGAGAGGUUUGAGAAGAGAGUUGUUGCAGUUAUCCACGAGCUUCUGAGCUUGACUGUGGAGAAGAUGGUUGAAGUUGAGAGACUAGCUCAUUUUCGUAAGGAUCUUGGGAUCGAAGUGAACUUGAGGGAAGUGAUAUUGAAGCAUCCUGGGAUUUUCUAUGUAUCGACUAAAGGAAGUACGCAGACUUUGUUUCUUAGAGAAGCUUAUAGUAAAGGGUGUUUGAUUGAGCCGAAUCCGGUUUACAAUGUGCGGAGGAAGAUGCUGGAGCUUGUGUUGUUGGAAAGGCGGCACUCUAAGGAACUGGUACAAACUCAUGAGGAGGAGAAAGAUGUUGAGAUAAGGUAUGAUGAAGAUUGGGAAGGAGAGAGAGAUGGAGACUGGGUCUUACCAAUUCUGGGGAAAUGAUUCAAAUGAAAGCUGAACAAGAUUGUAGAAGCAGUGGAGUUUGAGCAAAACUCCCAUCAUGUAUGGAAGUUUCAAGUGAAAUCAGAUUGAAGUUGUUGUAAGAAGGUUGGAGAGAAGUGGAGGACAAUGAUACUGAUGUGGGCAGGAGUCGCAGAAACUGUCGUAAGAGAUAUAAAAAGUUAGUUAAAACUUUGCUUACAGUCGACAUUCUAAGUAGAGGCAGAGGAAUGUAAUUAGAAAGUAGAAGAUUACUUGUGGAGGGAAUGUAGCUUGUUUUUUAAAGUCUUCUGCAAAAGAGUGAUGUGAUCUGCUUAUUAUUCUAGUCCUCUCAAAUUCUCAAUGGUUCUUCCUGUCUUAUGUCUCUACACAUUUUAGUUUUGUGGCCAUAUGUGUGAUGUGGAUUAAAUUGUAGCAAAAAGGAAACUGUUUGAUGGGUUUUGAUCAUAGAUUUUAUUUUUCUUUUUUGAGCAAUCUUAAAAUUGUUUUGAAAAUAUAUUUACUUCUGAGUUCCCCAUUCUUGGAGCCUGUCUUGUUCUAUCUUAUGUUCCGGUUUGAUGC